AUGAACAAGACAAAAUGCCUUGUUAUUCUAUGUGAACUCAUCGCAGACACAACAGUUUACUCGUGUCUAGCCACAUCAGGCAUUUCGGUUCUUGAGGAACUGAUAUUGGUGGAUGCUGAAUAUUUGGGAGUAGACGCUGCAACAGCAUUGUCUGAAUAUUUGAUGGGCACCACUUCGCUGAAGCGAUUGGAUCUGAUGGGUGACGAUUUCCCAGACGCACGAGUUUGCACUGCUUUGGUCGAAGGAUUGGAAAGGAAUCGCUCCCUCGAGAAGUUUCAAAUCGAUGUGAACGGUUUUGGGAAUGAUGGGCUCUUUCGCAAGCUCUUGCGAGCAUUACAAAACCAACCCAACCUUCGCUCAUUGUAUCUUAGCGAGCAACACAACAUGUCAGAACAAGCUAUGGAGGUAUUGCGAGAAUGGUUUAGCAGUGCAGACUGCAGAUUGGAAGAACUUUCUUUUCUCAGCGUACAACACUUGCCUGCAUUCAAUAGCUCGAGAAGCGGAGGAAAAGCAUUUGAAAACAAAACGUUGCACCGACUUCUCUUGGUUGAUUCCAAUGUCUCGAGUAACGAAUUGGGAGGAUUGUGUAAUGGAUUUCCAAAUUUGAAGGAAUUGACGCUCAUGUACAACAAUAUUUGUGAUCUAUCCCCAUUGGAAUCAAUUUUGUCGAAGGAGGACUGCCAGAUCCAAGAGUUGUAUUUAAACAACAAUGAUAUAAGCUAUGAAGCAAUCAUGAAGUUUAGUGGCAAAAUAAAGGAGAUGAAGAGUCUUAGGCGUUUGGGAUUACAACAGAAUCCGUUUCUCGAUGAGAUAGCGCUUCAACCGCUUUUGAAUAGAUUGAAUGUCAGCAAAAGCCUAGAACAAAUCCGCAUGAACAAGAGGAAUCAAAUCGAAUGCGGCGCGGAUGCAAUCGAAUUGUGUCAUACAUUGAACGUCAAUCGAGGGGGGCGACACGGCAUUGAAGUGGAGUCGGCAAACCGUAACAUCUCAGCUGCACUUUGGCCUCGCAUUCUCCACCGUGCCUCAUCCAUGAACUACUUUUUCAACCUUUUGAAUGGCGAGAACUCUGAUAGAAAGCCGUUGGACAAAAGUCCAAGGGCUGCAGUUGUGUAUUCCCUGCUACGGGACAACGCCUACAUUUUUUAUCAUUGUGGAAAAGGAGAGGAUGAAAAUGUUCCAAGUUCUCCUGCACCAAAGAAGCACAAGGUCGACCCUAGAUGA